AUUACCGUUUACAAUUAAAAUUCCCAAAAAUCAAAAUCCACUUCCGACCAGUCUGGAAUCUCCAAAUCUUUCGAUCCACUACUUUCUGAAUUUAUACGCAUGGACAGAACAGAACAGUUAUGCGAAACUUGCCUCCAGAAAAAUACAAUUAGUUGGUCGCACUUUUAUCAAUUUUCCCACCGAGAUUGAAUCCGUGUCCGUCACAACGUCCAAUCUUCCCCUUACUUUGACGCCACCGACCCCAGGAAAGUAUUACCUGCUCAGGGAACCCAUACUUUUCGCAACUUUUGAAGAUAAAAGAAACAUGCGGGAUAAAAUUGCAAUAAUUGUCAAGAUAUUAAAGACACGAAGUUCGAUUUGGACUGAAAUGGAAGAUAAGUUGGUCAUGGGGGCGGAAUCGAGGGAAUCAGCACGUCAGUCAGUGACAUGGGGAAAGUUGGUGGACAAAAAUUUUGCUGUAAAAUUUAACCCAUUUUAUGUUCAAACGGGUUUAGUACUUCCCGGAUUAAGGAUUCAGCACUUCAUAAAUGCUAGGUUCCUUGUUCCAGUGGAAUCUAUCCAUUACGGAGGUAUGGAAUUGAUGAGGGAGAUAAUAAUAAGAGGAGGGCGUAACUCGGCAGCCCCGUCACCUGUUGAACCAAGACUUGAAAAUUCCAGGCGUUAAUGACAUUUUUGUCGGUGUCAUCUAGAAGCUCACUUUUCUAGCGGCAAUCUUACAGUCAGAAAAUGUACAGUGGUUAUAAAUA